GCCCCAAAACCGUAAGGCUCCGCCGACCCGUCUCGGCCUCCAGUUCCAAACAUGGCGGCCGCCGCAUCCGCCUCGCCCUCCGGCAGCGGCCGCAGCAACCUGCCCGCGACGGCGGGCGCUUGCCCCAUCUGCCUCGAAGCCAUCGAAGACGAGGCCUACCUCGACGCCUGCCUGCACUCGUUCUGCUACAGGUGCAUAACGCAGUGGGUGAAGAUCGUGGCGAGCAAGCGCGAAGCACCCUUGUCCUCGGCGAGGUGCCCCCUCUGCAAGACCGACAGCGCGUCCAUCGUCCACGCCUUCGACGGCGAGUCGUUCCAGCAGCAUCACAUCGAGCACGAGCAGCACCGCCCGGGGAACCUCUCAGACGCGCACGCGCUCAUAUCACAAAUCUACAACACGAGAGAGGUCUCAGGCGACAAGCCGAGCAUGCAGAAAUACUGGAAGCAGCGAAAGUACCUCCGGAGGAACGUGUGGCUCGAGCCAUGGCUGAGACGGGAGAUCCAGGCCCUCACGCGGGACGAAGACGUCGACGCCAUAGUCUACCACAUCCUCGGCAUCAUCGACUCCGCCACGAGAACGGCAGAGAAGCCGCACGCUUCCAAGGAGACCUCGCCGGAGAAAGCAAGGGAAGAGUUCGUGCGUUCGCUGUCCGACGCCGCGAGGCCGUUCCUCCAUGGACGGACGGCGCGGUUCAUCGCGGAGGUGGAGCUCUUCCUGGUCUCGCAGCUGAACAUCGACGCGUACGGCAGGGCGCGCGCCUGGAGGUUCAGGGAGUCCGCUUCGCAUGUGACGAGAGAGCAGGGUGCGCUGCCGCGGGGCCGUCCUCUCGAGGAUCACUACUUCUACUUGUACUUUUUGAGCGAUCAGGCAGAUUACGUUGGCGGUGAGAUGUAAUGUAUAGUAAAGCUAUUUAUUUUUUUUGCGGGGGAUUUAGAGAGCUUUAUAUUGAAUAAAAGCGUUCGUUGGACAGUCAGACAAGAGGAUGCUGGUCAGGAAGCUUGGAGUGGUAUCUAGCCAGCUCUCGGUCACGUUAAGCGUACAUGCACGCUUAGCACACAAGUGUGCAGGACCG